AUGGCCGAAGCUACUAGCGAUGCCAGGAUGAGUCUUAGUGCAUCGUAUCAGUUAUUGGCUGAGUGUGCUGGUGGCUAUCAAAAUCUGACUUUUACCAAAUGCGAUCAGAAGAACCACUUGAACAAUAAAAGGCAAAAGAAAAUGGCUCGUGGCGAAGCGACUUAUUUGCUUGACUACUAUGAGGACCAAAAGGACAAGCAUCCUGGCUUUUAUGCUGUAGAGGUAGAUUGCGAGGAGAAAGUUGCUAAUAUUUUUUGGGCGGACAGUAGGAUGCGUGAAGAUUAUGUGCUUUUUGGAGAUUCGGUCUCCUUUGAUACCACCUUCCGAACUAAUAAAUACUUUCGUCCACUGGGGAAGUUUGUAGGUUUCAAUAACCACUGUCAAACUUGUGUGUUUGGUGCUUGUUUGAUGUAUGACGAGACUACUCCGUCUUUUGAAUGGUUGUUUGUUUCAUUUAUUCGGUGCAUGAAGAAGAAAAUCCCAGUCACUAUCUUUACUGAUCAGGACGCCGCCAUGACAGUUGCCCUUAGAAAGGAGUGGCCUACUAUGUUUCAUGCCCUCUAUACUUAG